AUGACUCAAACGAAUCUUACUAUUCCCGAACUUGAUAAUGAUCCAGCUAUUUUAAAAGUUAUUCAUGAUGGUGAAAAAUUAGAACGAGAAGCAUAUCGUAAAGAAUUAAUGCAAAUACUAAAAAUUCAACCAUCCAUUCGAUCUGAUUCAGAUCAAUCAAUAUCUCAAACAAUGAAUACUUCCAUAAGUCAUGAAAGUAUUCCAACAACACCAGGUAGUACAACAGAUAAUGAUCGAACAAGUCAAAUAUGGAUUAAACGAACAGUACCAAUAACACCAAAUUCAAAUUCAUAUCGUCGACAACAUUAUCGUUUCGCACUUCAUCAACGUUCAUUAAAUAGUAGUGGAGAAAGUUUGACAAAUCGUAGUUUCAUUGAUAGUCCUAAAAGUAGUAAUAAUAGUGUCAUAAAACAUACACGAUCUGAUAUGAAUUUAUCUUCAUCACCAAUAUCAAACAAUAAAACAAAUAGUAAUAUAUCAUUGACACCAUCAGGAGUUAUUGUUACCGAUUAUCGACAAUCAACAAUGAUGAAACGUAUUGUUAAUCCGCAAUGGAAUAUUAUUCCUUUUGCAUAG